UAAACCAACACCAAUCGUUUCAUGAAACUGCUUGUGCUUUGGCUCCCUUAUUGUUUUCCAUUUUGCGUGAAUACGGCUAUUAUUGGAUAGUUUAUCACUGCUGAUAUGGCUGAAUCCAAUUCAGCUAGCAAUUUCACUCAUGAGACUGCUGUCAGUUGUAUGCAACUGUCUCCUCUGGAACCAACUUCCGAUUUGGACAACGACCAGCUACUUGGUUAUAAUACACAACAGCCACUGCACCAACAUGUGUUUCUCAAUCAAGCAACCUAUUCCUUUUCCACAUCCUCUACUCUCCGCAUCUUGAUAUGCAGGAUCGUCAUUUCUAUUUUCGGAAUAGUCUUUACUGGCAUUCGCAUCACUCAGUUUUCUAGUUUAUUGGAAUACUGCAUGUUCCUCACCAAUUAUGCUUGGAUCGGCAUGAACUUGUAUUUUAUUGUAUCCAGCUAUGCUUCUUACUUGGCAUUAGUCUAUCCGCCAUCGACCUGUAGUAUUGAAGCUGUUCAUUACACUGCAAGCCAGAAAAGGCUUGCAAAUAUGCAUCGUAUUGCACUCGAGAUUCUGCCUCGACUGUUCAUGUGGUUGUAUGUGGCUGCGCAUACUAUGAACUGGGUUGUUCCUCCUGUGUAUUGGAUUGUGCUGCGACAAGAUUUUAGUCAACCCGAAUUUACCAGAUGGAUCAUUGCUACUACUAUUAUGGAGCACACUCUUGGACUGCUAUUUUUGCUGAUUGACAUGUUUGCGAAUCGUAUCAAAGUUUCAAUUCGGGACGCAGUCUCUCCGAUAUUAUUUGGUGCACUCUAUAUAGUUUGGGUUUGGAUCUAUCACUACAUAUUGAACCUGGAAUGGCCAUACUUUUUUAUGGACACCUUUUUUAACAUCACUGAACAUACUGGAAUGGCUGUUGUUGGGAUUAUUUCUAUGGGAGUCAUCAUUUUGGUUGUGGUUGCAUAUAUCAAACUAGUGCAUCUGAUACGUGAUUGGGCAUUGAAGGACCUAUCACCCUUGACUCAGCUCUGUGAUUGCAAAAAUGAUGAUGACGAAGAGCGAGACACUCAUUUACGCCGUGUGGGCGGUUCUUUUGCUGAUGGGAGCUAGGAGAAUAAAAUUGGUUUUGAUUUUUGGAUU